AUGCAGCCGCCGUGGGAGAGCCCGGCCCUGGCCCGGGUGGCGGCCGUGAUGGUGGCGGACGGCGCCCUGCGCCGCAGCCCCAGCCCGCGCGAGCCGCGGCUGCGGGACCUGCCAGCUCUGCUGCGGAGCGGGCUCAUCCUGCGGAGGAAGCGCGGCGCGGCUGGGGGCCAGAUGGAGCCAUUGUCCAGGUCCCGGGAAAUGGACCACAGGAUCAUGCAGAGGAUGAGCAGGAUAGCGAAGAGGAACAGAGCCACGAAGAUGGCCUUGGUCACCGGAGCAACCAGGGCCUGCAUGGUCUCGCCGAGGGGGCGCCGCGGGCUCCUGAAGGAGGGACAGUGA